CGGGGCGGGGCGGUGUGGCGAGACAGCCCGGAAGGCGGAAGUGCUGGGCUUCCGGUCGUCUGGAGCGUGUGGGCUGUGAGCGGUGAACCUGAGAUAAAAUAUGGCUAAAAGCUUACGGAGUAAGUGGAAAAGGAAGAUGCGUGCUGAAAAGAGAAAAAAGAAUGCCCCAAAGGAGCUUAGCAGACUUAAAAGUAUUCUUAAAGUAGAUACUGAUGUUUUAAUGAAAGAUGUUCAUGAGGUAGCAACUGUGGUGGUUCCCAAACAUUCUGAAGUGAAAACCCAGUGUGUGGUGAAAGAUGACAAAGAUGACAUGAAAAUGGAGACUGACAUUAAGAGAAACAAAAAGACUCUUCUAGACCAGCAUGGACAGUACCCCAUAUGGAUGAACCAGAGGCAGAGAAAAAGGCUGAAGGCAAAGCGAGAAAAAGGAAAGGGGAAAAGCAAAGCAAAAGCAGCGAAGGCGGCUAAGGGUUUGGCCUGGUAGACUUUUAAAAACCUGAAAAGUGCCACGUGGGACAGACCUUUGAUUAAAAUGGAUACACCUAUUUCAGCUUCUGUCAAAGGAAAACCAUUUUUUAACUGGGCCUUUUUCUUCACUCAAACCCAACAUAACACCUCAAAUUUGUUUUAGGAAUUUGAAUAAAAUAUUUCCUUUGAU